AUGACACAGGGCGAAGCUAAGCUGUUGCAGCUGACGUUCGAGAGCGUGGGGGGCGGCACUUGUCUGGUGGUGGACUGGGGGCUGGGGGGGCCCCUGGAGGCGUUCGGUGAGGAGCUCACGUGCCACGCGUCCUACACUCCCAACAGCGUCUUUGACAUCGCCAUGAACUUCACCAGGACUUAUGCGGCUAAGGACGGGCAGGUCAUGUUCAACGUGACGGGGUUCGCCUAUAACCUGCUGAGCCAGACGGAGGACCUGCUCAUGUUCCCUGUGACGGACAUCGACUGCGCCCCGCCCUUCGUGUCCAUCUUGGACGGCGAGAAGGACUAUCUGUCCGCCCCCAUCAGGUUCAGGGGGGUAGACAACACGUUCGUGUCCAUCGCUGCCAUCCACUGCAACGUCACUAAACUCACCAAGAAACGCUGGCAGAUCUUCCACGUGGACGGCCGCACGGGUCGCCUGACGUACGCCGUGCCCGUCAUGGACGUCAUCGGCACGUGGAACAGAUCUGAGUUUGUGGUGCCUAAGACGUUCCUCGAGUACGGCUACUACAUGAUACUCUACACGGUCACGAUGUGGGACCCAGAAAAGCUGGACCCGACGGUGACGUUCCAGCGUCAGACGGAGACCUACAUCGAGGUGGUGUCCAUGCCCCUGGUGGGCAAGAUGACGUCCAACUCUGUGUCCCGCAUCGUCCGCGGACCAACCCAAGCCGCGGACAUGUUCCCCGCCCUCUACUCCGAAGACCCCGACUACCCCGACGUCAAGAAUUUCACAGUGUCGUGGAAGUGUCGUCAAGUCCUUGAGACCUACCCCGCGCCCGGUCCAGGGUCCCCGCUCUCCCCUAAAGGAGGUGCCACAACGGGCUGCUUCGGCUACGGUCCAGGUUCGCUGGUUCUGCCGGCGCCCUCUCUGUCCAUCAUGGGGGGAGACUUCAUAUCCCUGGGGAUCUUCGAGGUGGGGGCGGAGGUGGGCAAGGAUACGCGCAAGUCGAUGGCCUACAUCGAGGUGGAGGUGGUGGCCAACAACCGCCCUGUCGUCGAGGUCAAUUGCAUCUCGCCUAAGCUGUGCACAGCGUCAGGGACGGGCAGGGGCGUGAUAGUGAACCCCUCGGCCCGCCUGGCGAUGGUGAGCGCCUGCGUCGCCGACUGCGGCAGCGGGGUCGUCACUACCCAGUGGACUGCCCUCGAGGGGGGCGUCACCCCCAUCACCAUCCCCGGGGGGGCCACGACCUACUUCAUGAUCGUGAACCAGCCCCCCACGGCCCCAUACCACGACCCCACGGUGCCCCCCGUGACAGCGACCUCCCCCAACACCGUGUGCCGCGUGUACCCCCCCACAGGGAGGGCGCUGCUCGACACCUUCACCCUCACCUGCAACGGCUGGACCGACCCUGAGGGCAUCGGCAUCGUGGGGUACAAAGUUGAACUGGUCCACGGCCCAGACCUGACGGGGACGCGCCCCCCACCUGAGGUGCUGGUGGGGAGGCCCCACGUCAGCAAUGGGGACCAGACCCUGGAGCUCGUCUUCCCCGUGGGGACUUUCGACAUCCAGGUGGUGGUGGACGACGCGUGGGGGGCCUUCACCGUCCACCAGGUGGCCGUGGACUUUGUGGCGACGAUGGUGACGGAGGCGGAGGUGGCGGCCGCCGACUUGGACUCGGUGCUGGCGGGCCUGGCGGGGGCGGGCAGCAGCGACCUACUGACGAUGAUCAUCGCUGCCAGGGCCUCCGUCAACGCCAAGGUGACGGGACGGCGGGGACGCAGGGGACCUAGGGGACGCAGGGGACGCAAGUUGUCCCCUGCCCCUUGGCUGAACCUAACGGACCCGACACUGAGCCCCGAAGAACUGAGACGUCGCCAGCUGGUCCUGGGCACUCAGAACCAGGCGUCCCUUGAGUACAUCCGCGACAACUCAAAUUUUGAGUCCUCCAGUGGUCUGGCCGCCGCAAGCGCGGCCACUGCGGCCAUCAUGAGUGCCGCCUCAAAGUCGCCUCAGGCGGCCAUGACCAUCGGCCUCGAGUCCAGGGACGUCGUUCUCGAGAUCAUGGAGAAAGUGACAGCUGGCGUGGAGAAGCAGGGAGUGAGUGACAUGAACCAGUUGGACUCCAUCACCACCUCCAUCUCCACCAUAGCAACCGGAGUCGUGCUAAUGACCUGGUCAUACCGGCGACGCUGAAGGAGGCGAAGCAGUGCAACGUCAAGGACACCACCAGGACCCGCGCCACCCCCUCCGUGGACCGCGCCAACGCGGCGGUCGAGAGUUUGGCCAAGCAGGUGGUCAGUCUGAUGGUCAUCGGCGACUCUAAGACCAUCAACACCGGCAAUGGCAUGACCAUGAACAUCGAUCUGGUUGAGGGCUUCAACCUGGCGGGGAUGCGGUGGUGUGGGGAGUCUUCGUUCGAGUUCCCCGAGAACUUCUGCCCUCAGGGCCCCUGCAACUUACCUGUCGCCAUCAUGGCCAAAGAGUGGCCCGCCAUCACUUAUAAAGGACCGAGCAGCGCCGAAAAGCUUGCUCUGGGCAGCAAGGUGCUGGAUCUGGACCUCUUAUGGCGCAACCUGACCACCAUACCUGUGGUGGACACUGUCCUCCCCAUCGAGAUCGGCAUACCCUGCAGCAUCGGCCAGCGCGGCAACACCACCAUGCCACCGUUCGAAAGCGUCGCGGCCGUGAAUGAGUCCGGCCGCCAGCUGCUGCCUCUCAUGUACUCCACCUUCAACGUCAGCGACUCGCUGACCUCGGUAAGGAUCGAGGUGGCCCCGGUGAAGAUGAACCCCGACAUGUUCCUCAUGUUGGCCAAGGAUCGCAUGCCGACGUUCAAGAACCAUUCCUUCUACCGCCUCCUACAACAGUUGCCUACCCGCGAGAACGCUUCUGUGCGGAUGCUGUUCCUGAACAGCGAGGAGCUGUUAGGCCGAGGUGCGUAUUAUUUGGCCGUGGGGCAGUUCAAGGCAAACGUACCCAGUGACCUCAGAGGCAGACCACGAAACCUCACCAUGGACCAUCUGUCGAACAUCACCACCGACUACCAGCUGCGGGUUAUUGUCUCUGCCUGCUACUUCAGGAAACCACCUGUGGAUGAGUGGGUCAACCCUGACAUGAAGGUGAUCCACACGAACAACACACGCACCACGUGCCACGUACACCACCUGACAUCGUUCGGGGCGGGUCUCGUGGUCAUGCCUAACACCAUCGACUUCAGCUUCGUCUUCGCUCACUUGGGCUUCACGGACAACCUCACCAUCUACGUCACGCUCAUCGUCUGUCUAGCCCUGCUCGUCCUGCUCCUCGUCUGGGCGAGACGAAGCGACAUACAGGACGAGAAGAAGGUUGGGGCUGCGCCCUUGCCCGACAACCGUUUGGAAGACAAGUACCUGUACGAGGUGCUGGUGAUCACUGGCAACAAGAAGGAAGCACAGACGGACUCAGUGGUGCAGUUCGUCGUGUCCGGCGAGCUCGGCGAGUCCGACGUCCGCACCUUUGGCGAUUCACGCCGCCCCAUCUUCAGGAAGGCGGCCACCGACGCCUUUGUCAUGGCCAAUGACCGGCCGUUGGGGCCGCUACAGUACCUGCGUAUCUGGCACGACAACUCCGGCAAAGGCCCCAACGCCUCCUGGUACCUAAGCUUCGUGGUCUUCAGGGACGUACAGACCGGGGAGAAGUUUGAAUUCAUCUGCAACGACUGGCUGGCCGUCGAGAAGACGGGCGUGCUGGACCGCCUGCUGCCGGUGGCCUGUCGGGAGGACAGCACCUCUUUUGGCCACCUCUUCCAGAACGUGUCCUCCAAGAACAUGGCGGACAGCCACCUGUGGUUCUCAGUGUUCUUGCGCUCCCACAGAUCCCGGUUCACCAGGUGUCAGCGCGUAGGCUAA